UAGUCAACUAUUUUUAUCGAAGCCUGUUCCUCGCAAAAGGGCGAAGCAUCUAUAAAUUUCCUUUUCCCUUUCCCUACAGUUUUAAACGUCGACUCGGCCGCAUUUCAUUAUGACGACGUGAACUGUUUCUACUUGGCGUACAGAAGUCGGCAAUGAUGGCGUUUCAGUAAUGGCUGAACUACAAACUUAGGAGCCAAACUUUGAAACUUUUGUACCUGGAAUUUCUCCCACCCAGAUUUGGCCUCUACAUUUGGAAAACAGCAGUACUAUGGCAUACUGCGCCUACAAUCCUAUUUUGACAUUUGUUUGCUGCGUUUGCCUCAUCGGCGUGGCCAAGAGUUAUGUGUCCAUACCUCUGAAAAUCUACCCGGGGAAGUACAACGUGUCCUCGGCGAUGCGUUUGUCUGUCACUCGCCUCGUCGCGCUCGCUGCUGAUGGGAAGGGUCUCUCUCUGGCUUCCGACCCGAGCGGUCAAGUCAACUUUAUGGACAUGGUGGGCAACCUGCAAGGGGACUCCGGCAGAGGCUACUACAUGGAAAUGAUGAUUGGCACACCCGGACAACAGCUCAACAUCCUGGUGGACACCGGCAGCAGUAACUUUGCAGUGGCUGCGGCUUCACACCCAUUUAUUACUCGCUACUUCAACACCACACUCUCCAGUUCCUUCAGGUCAGAUGGCCAAAGCGUAGCAGUCAGGUACACUCAGGGAAACUGGAUGGGUGAACUUGGCGUUGACCUUAUCUCCAUCCCCAAUGGCCCAAAUGGCACCAUCAGCGUCAACAUUGCGACCAUCUUGUCAUCUGAAGGCUUCUUCUUACGUGGGAUUAACUGGCAGGGCAUCCUUGGACUUGCCUAUCCCAUGUUGGCUCGGCCAGAUUCAUCCGUGGAACCCUUCUUCAAUUCUGUGGUGAGACAGCUUGGUCUUCCCGAUGUCUUCUCCCUCCAGAUGUGUGGGACUGGAAUGUCGGCGAGCACCGUCGUCGACCCUCCGGGUGGUAGCCUUAUCAUGGGUGGGGCUGAGCCAACUCUGUAUCGGGGGUCAAUCUGGUACACCCCUAUCGUUGAGGAAUGGUACUACCAAGUAGAGGUGUUAAAGCUGGAGGUCGGUGAGCAGAACCUGGACCUCGACUGCAGCGAGUAUAACAUGGAUAAAGCUAUAGUCGACAGCGGCACGACGCUGCUGCGACUUCCCGUCAACGUCUUCAAUGCGGUGGUGGACGCCAUCACACGCAGCUCUCUGAUCCAGGAGUUUUCAUCAGGAUUCUGGGACGGGACCAAGUUGGCUUGCUGGGUGAGGGGAGAAACCCCGUGGAGAUUUUUCCCCAAGCUGUCCAUCUAUCUAAGGGACACAAACACCAGCAAAUCCUUCCGCAUCACCAUCCUGCCUCAGUUAUACAUCCAGCCAAUCACAGAUUUGGAUGGCACACUAGACUGCUACCGCUUCGGCUUGUCUUCAUCCACCACCGGUCUUGUGAUUGGAGCGACUGUGAUGGAGGGUUUCUACGUGGUGUUUGAUCGGGCCCAGCGUCGACUGGGCUUUGCACUCAGCAACUGUGCAGUAAGCGGCGGGGUGGCUCUGUCCGAAAUCGACGGUCCCUUCUCAUCAGCGGACGUGGCGUCGGACUGCUCCGGCCGAGCGCUGAAGGAGCCUCUUCUUUGGGUGAUCUCCUACACCCUCAUGGCCGUGUGCGCCAUCAUCCUCAUCAUCCUGCUGCUGCUGCUGGUCUUGCCCUGCCGACGGCGGGACUACUCCGGGGAGAUUAACGACCAGUCCUCGCUGGUGCGGCACCGCAUCAAGUGACUGAGAGGGACGGCGCGGGUGAUGGGUGCGCACGAGCGGGGCGCGAAUGAGCAAAGUGCUACCCCGGAGGUGGAAAAAGGGGUGAGGCUGCACAAGAAUGUUGACUUAGAAGCAUCCACCUCCUAUAAGAAGGACAAUCCUUCUGAUAAACUCUCAAAUGACACUGUCAGUGGUGCACAAUGAACUUGUGGUUUUUAUUGUCAUUCUUGAUUGUUCACCAGUUGAUUAGAGAAAUGCUAUCGUGGUCAGAGUGCGUUUGAGCUGAAAUUUCACCCGAAAGCCCACUAUUCCUGACAUUUUGGGUGUGGUGUAUAUUACAAAUGUCAUUUGGUAAACAAAAGCAAACAUUGUUUGGUAUAUGUCUGUUUAAACGUGCUUUUUCGCCCAGAUCAGUGAUGGGAUGUUUUACCCUCCCGUCCUUUUAAAUUCACUUCAGACGAUGGUGAAAUUAGCGUCGGGAAAAAGCUGCUCGGACACUUGAUGACAUUUAUGUAAUAUUGGAGGCAAAAUGUCAUGUUUACAUUGCUUGUAGUGCCUUCAGAAAACUCUUCCUCGGUGUUUGUGCAUUUUAAUAUAAGUUGACCAUGCUUACAUAGCUUGUUUACACAGACCCCCAAAGUCCACAAUCAAAAGGGUUCAUGUAGUGUUCUGGCAGAUGUGUCGGGACUGUGCCAAAGUAUUUGCUUUUUUUUUUUAAUGAGCUGAUGCACCACUCCGGCUGUCCAGCCUGCACACUUGACAUUUUGUUACAACAGUCGUUAAAGAAAGAGUUGACAAGAGCGCCUGCCUCGACAUUCUGACCUGAAAGGCACAAAAAGUGUCACCUUCCUGCUCAGAUGACCAUUUAUGGUUUUGCACUCGAGAAGCCCAAACUGACAUCUAGCUCUAUGGUCAAUGCAGUGCCGGUGUGUUAAUGUCAUUUGACUAAUUGUGUUGAACUUUAUAUUGAAAUUGAUCUGAAUGGGAGUUUAAUUUUAGUUUCAAAUUUUGGCACAUGCUGCACAUUUGUAAACAAAGCAAUAUUGCUUUGUUAUAAGUGACUCAAGCGCACGUACAAUCAAGGCUGCCGGACCUGAAUCAUGAGUUUCAGCUUCUUUUGAAACCUAAAUGUGGUAUCCGUAUGCCAUCGAGUGGAAAUGAUGGCGAUUGCAAGCAACUGAUUCGUGAGGAAAGCUAAAGCCACAACUGAUUCUUGAAGACAUAUUUAAAUUGUUCAGUGUUUUUGUCGUUACUAAAAUUGCUGCAAAUAAAGAACUUCUGGUAACAUUGAA